AUGUUAGAAGAUGAAGAAACCGAUGAAGUUCUUGUUAAACCUACAGUUCAAUAUUAUGAACGGUAUUUAUGCCCAGAGCCCAUGCAACCAGGAGGCGGGUUUGGUUGGCUGAAUAUCCAACAUCACAUCGAACGUGAUGAUGAGUCAUGCUUACAUGCGGUUAGGAUGCGACGAGAAGCAUUUCGAAUGUUGUGCCAGUCUCUCGAAAAUGACUAUGGGUUAGCCGCGACUGAAAAUAUUAGUAUAGAAGAAAGUGUUGCAAUGUUUCUCACGACAUGUGGUCAUAAUGAGGUUCAACGCACUGUCGCCAGAAAUUUUGGACGUAACCAAGAGACGGUGAACCGAAAGUUUCACGAGGUGCUUACGGCAAUGGAACGACUAGCAUGUGAUCAAAUGAAGACUCCAACCGUACAACAGCGUAAAGAAUUUCCACGAAAAUUACGAGCUAAUAAAAAUUAUUGGCCGUAUUUUCAAGGUUUUAUUGGUGCUAUAGAUGGAACACAUGUUCCUGUUAUUGCGCCAGAAGAAAACCGGCGUGCAUUUUGGGAUCGUUUUGGAGAAGCAAGCCUAAACAUUAUGGCGAUAUGUGAUAUAGACUUGCUUUUCACAUACAUAUGGAAUGGCGCACCAGGUUCUGUUCAUGACUCCAGGGUAUUGGCAAUAGCACAACAGACGAGUCGGACAUUUCCCAAACCGCCUCCAGGUAAAUACUACCUUGUGGACUCUGGUUAUGCGAACAAAAAAGGUUAUUUGGCGCCUUACAGAGGAAAUCGAAGAGAAAGUGUGAGGUACCAUUUAUGA